AUGGAGCAGACAAAUCCUUGUUUGUGGCCAGAACUUUCUGACACACACGUUGAAGACUGUGCCCAAUGUUCAGAACAAAUUCAAGGUCUGGUUUUUUUUUUCGAAAAAAAAGUCUCUUCAAAAAGUUAGUAGUGUGAGUACUUCAUUCACAAGGAAAGUUCAUAAGAAAGAAAAAAUGUUUAGGGAACAAAAAAAAAUUUAGCAAACUUAAACUCAAAGAAUACAGUUAAGCUCGAAAUUUCAUUUCACGUUCAUAGAAAUCUUCAAAUCUUCAUGUACUGCGCGAAAAAUUUUGAGCAGUUCUCUAGAAAUUUCUCAAAAUUCCAAGGGAAUGAUCAUGUUUUUCAGCACUUUCCCAGCACUUGUUGUUUUUUUUUUUAAAAAUAACUAAUUUCAGGUUCAAUGUUCACUUGCAAUCUAUGCGCAGACCAUCAUAUUUGCUCAAAAUGUUACAACGAAACGGUCGUCAAUGAGACUUUGCACACGCAAGAAUCAAUGAAGUUUCCGGAAGAACACCCUCACAUGCACCACCCAUAUCGCCUCGACAUGUCCAACUUCGGAAAACGUUUUUGAGAAUCCAUCGUGACGGUUUUCAUAUAAUUAAUUUUAGUAGCCUAUCCGGUACACGAAAAACGAUGUGCUAGUUGUGGAUCGCGAGCUUUUCCAGGUCUUCGAUAUGUGUUUGUUUUCAGCCGUUUUUUAAAAUUUCAUAAAAAAUUUUUCGGUCAAUUUUUCUAUACUUCUGAAAAAUGAUAGCAAAGCAAAAUUUGGAGUUUAAAGCAUACAUUUUUUUUAAUUCCAAAAACUCAGAGCUUUCUCAAUUCAAAAACUCGUCUGUCUCACCUUUUGAGCAACAAUAAAAAAAUUCCUCUAAAAAUUCAAAAUGAAUUUUUUUUUUUUGUAUAGUAGAACUCUAGAAGCAGAAAAUCUUUAUGCAUAAGAUUUCUGUUCUGAGAUCCAGUUUUUUCUUCGAGCUGCGCAAUUUAUGUUUCUAGUUCUUUCGAAAACAAAACUACUUGCAGAUGUCCUGAGAUUUGCCCCGACUAUGGGAUCUGUGCGACCUGUUUCAUCAAAAAGAAGGAAACGCAGGAGAUUGAAUACUUCGAAGCUGAGCAAGCCGAGCCGAAACUUCAAAAGAUGAAUCAAAUUGGCUCUGCCAUUGUGACUCAGAGAUUUUUCGGAAUCGGUUUGGCACGUCUGGAUUGGAUCAAGACCAAUUCAAACAAUGCUGUUAGUAAACUUUUCUAAAUCCAUUCCUAUUUUUUUUCAGGAAGAGGUCAAAAACCUCUCUCGUAAGAUCGGGUUUGCGAUAUACCAGUAUCCCACUCAACUUCCCGAAGAAGAACGCAAGAGUUUGGACGCGGAACAGCUCGAAGAACUCAUUAAAAGCAUUGAGUUGCACGAAGAGCUGGCUGAGAAGGAUGGUGGUGAAAAAAAGAAAAAGAAGAAAAAAGAGAAGAACGAAAAGUUCGUAUCGCAAUUCGGUUACACCGAGGAGGUAAGAGCUGAAGAAAUUUUUUUCCUUUUCAAAACUAGUAACUUUUGCUGAAAACUUCCAUAAAAGGAGAGUUUUCAGCAAGAAAAGCACAUUAUCAAGCUGCGAGAGGAACUAUUUGAUAUCAACCGCAAAGAGUCUAAACAUCGUGACGGGGAUUCUGAAGUUUUAGAGACAAAGUUUGUCUUUGUUUCUUUUUUCGCGGAAGGAUCUCAUUCUAACGUCGUGAGUUUCUCAUUAUCAUAAAACAUCUGAAAGAUAAGUUUCCAACUUUUUGUUCCAGCUUCCUCUCGUUUGUCUUCGCAUAAACGAUGAUAAAAUCAUUUUUGUUGAAUCCUCCGGAAGAGCCUAUGACGGCUGGGACGACUUCAUUAACAAGAACAAAAUGCCCGAAUGUUUUAUUUUAUACCCAGCAAUGGGAAACUAUAAGGUUCUUAUUUUUUCGGAAUCGAUUUUGAGCACAGAUUUAGAUGGAAGAAGGUGUGCUGAAUUUGCGUUACGACUUGUCGAGAAGAGCGAAGUUGCCGAGUAAAAUCAUCAAGGUUGGGAAAUGAAAACUUUCUCGAAUCUUAUAUAUAUCUAUAGGUGAGCGACAGAUCAGCCAUGGGAAUUGGAAUAGCUGCCACCGUUGGAUCUAUUGUAGGGCUUUUCACGCCUCUGGCGCCUGUGGCAGCUACGACUUUACUUUACACCGGUCAGUUUUCAUCAGAGUACGGGUUGAAGUCCGCAUUUUCCAGCCAUUGGAACUGGAUUCUAUACCAUGGCUAGGUCCGGCUACCAUCUCGUAGACCGGGCAACUCAUAACGAGAAUGUGAAUCCUCUAAAAAGUCGAGAAAACUUUGUGGACUGGCUGGCCGUUGCCGCUUCGUUGGCUUCCUUCGGAGCGAUUGGUGGAUCUGCGGUUUCAAUUGCUGUAUUUAUAUCUGAAAUAGUCUCCAAUUACAGUAUUUAACCGUGAUGUCAACGCAAGGCGUCGAAAUCAGUCAAGCAAUCGAAUACACCGUUAAUGCUGCCAUUUUCGCGAACUUUGCUGUCAGCGGCCUUGCACUAACAGCAUCGGGUUACAAUAUUUUUGAAAAGGUUUCAAUCGACUUUUCUCCUUGAUAAAUAGUCGACAUUUUUCAGGUGGCCAAUGGAGAACGCCCUACCGCAUUGGAGCUUUUCCAAUUUUCUACAAGUUUGCUGUUUUUCACUAACGCCGCUGUUAACCUGCAAACGGCUGAAAGAAUGAUCCAACAGGUCAGAAAAUUACAAAAAAUUCACUUUAAUGUUAUUCUAGACUUCCCAAGAGAAAAUCAAUGAAGUUCGGGACAACCUCAAAACAGCAGAGGACCGACAAAACUUCGAUCAGGCCAUGAACGAUAAGAUAAAAAAUGCCGACGGAAAGCCUGGAAGUGAGAAAAUGAGUUUAAUUCAAACUUUAUAUGGUUUAACAGACGCCAAAUCUAACGCAAACUUGGAGACAAUUCGAGAAAUGCACAGAGCGAUGUUAGCAGAUAAGCAUGUCGAAGCACAUAUUCGUACGCUUCAUUUUUCAAAACUGAGAACAUUGGGAAGCAUUCAGAUGAAGGGACGUCUAAAGGAGUCAAAUCGAGGCCAAUGCCAUCUUCGGCCGUUCCGAAAGCUCCGCAAAACAAGCAACUUUCUUCAGCUGACAAAACCAUUGUAGAACAACAUCUUCAGAAUCUGCAAGCAAAAGGCGAAACAAAGGUUUUUCUAAUUCAACUUUCUUCUGGUUGAAACUUACCCGGUUCAGCUACCUCCGACGAAACAAACGGCUUCAACUUAUCUGAAUCUUCCAUGGGCUGAAAUAGUUGCCAAAGUGAAAGCCGUACUGUCCGGAGGGAUCGGUGGAUUUGUGUAAGAUUUGAAAAUUAAGUAGAGAAAAUAAAAAUUUUUCCAGAAGUGAAAAAGUUGUCGAUGGAAAGCGCCAGCGGACUGUCACAUUGGAGAACGGGGAAGAAGGCUUUUCUGGAGCCAAAGUGGAGCCGGUGACUUCGUUUGUUCCAAUCAAAUUUAUAGAAUGUUCUAGGCUCCAAACGGAGUUACAAUCAAGAAAGGAGUUUUGGAAAACAUCGAAUUCAAACUGAACGAUCAAGGCGACCCUGUCCCUCACUUUGUCGAAGGGACUAUCAGAAGUGGACCGGAACAAAAAGUCAGUUUUGCCUUCUAUAUUUCAAUAAACCUUUUUUUUGCAGAUCGUUAGAAUCCGCCUGGAAAACCGAACCAUGGGCAGAAUAACUGCAAAGCCAAAAGUUCGUAUGUACCCAGAAGACUUCUCGAAAGGUGUUCCAGCAGAAGAAAGAGAAUUCAGCGAUAACUAUUUCAUCACUUAUGAUUGGUCAUAA